UGGGGGUGGCGGGCCCGGAGGUUCAAGAACAGACCGCGGCCGCGGCGCUGCGAGAGGGUGAUGGCGCUCCGGCUCCCUCCCCACGUUCUUAGUUUUACGGAGUUUCUCGACCCUCGAGCGCAUCGCUGAGUCACUUUCUCGGAACGCGCUCGGGACGCUCGGGACCCAGCCAGGGCCGCCCGGGGGCCGCGCAAGGCGGAAGCGCGCACCGCUGCGACGCGCGCCGAGCCGCGGGUCCCCGGGCCCGCGCCUCCCUCCUAGCCGGCGACCGCGGGCUCCGCCCCCCCAGGUGCCGGGAAACCGGGACCCGCUGCCUGCGUUCCCCGGAAGAGACCCCGCGGAGGCGUGCCCGAGUUGCGACUUUCGGGGGCGUUGACAAGUGCCAGGUGUGCGUGGGCCGCGUGGCUGCGGGUGCCGGCGCGCGAGUCCACAGCAGCCUGGGCCCGGACCACCUCCGCCCGCUACAGGCGUUAGGCCCUUCCUAACUUUGGCCUCACCUGGUCAGGGCGCCUAGUCGGCUUUGACCCCUUCCUCCUCCGGGUCUCCGCAGAUAACCCCCCCGGGGACUCAACUCGAGUUGGUCGCGGACACGUUCAGAUCCCGCAGCCGCAGGGGAUGACGCCGGUACCUCCGCGGCCCCGACUCCGGGCGGGAAGGGCGAGCCCCUCAGCCCGCACCGCGUCGCCCGCCUGGGCGGCACCGAUAAGGAGCUGAAGGCAGGAGCCGCCGCCGCGGGCAGCCCCCCAACAGCGCUGGGGACGCCCUGGCAGCGGGAGCCGCGAGACGAGGUUAUGGAUCCAGCGGGAGGCGGCGGGAGCCUGCUGCCCGAGCGGUGCCGCGUGCUGGUCCUGUUAAACCCGCGCGGAGGCAAGGGCAAGGCGCUGCAGCUCUUCUGGAGCCACGUGCAGCCCCUGCUGGCCCAGGCCGGCAUCUCCUUCACGCUGAUGCUCACUGAGCGUCGGAACCACGCUCGGGAGCUGGUGCAGGGGUUGGAGCUGGGGCGCUGGGACGCCCUGGUGGUCAUGUCUGGAGACGGGCUGAUGUACGAGGUGGUGAACGGGCUCAUGGAGCGGCCCGACUGGGAGACUGCCAUCCGGAAGCCCCUGUGUAGCCUCCCGGCUGGCUCCGGCAACGCCCUGGCAGCUUCUUUGAACCAUUAUGCCGGCUAUGAGCAGGUGACCAACGAGGACCUCUUGACCAACUGCACCCUGCUGCUGUGCCGCCGGCUGCUGGAGCCCAUGAACCUCCUGUCACUGCAGACCGCCUCGGGGCUGCGCCUCUUCUCCGUGCUUAGCCUGUCUUGGGGCUUCAUCGCUGAUGUGGAUCUGGAGAGCGAGAAGUUUCGGCGCCUCGGGGAGCUCCGCUUCACUCUGGGCACCUUCCUGCGCCUGGCGGCGCUGCGCGUGUACCGGGGCCGACUGGCCUACCUGCCCGCAGGAAGGGGGGUCCCCGGGGUGCCCGCCUCCCCUGCGGUGGACCGGCAGGACCAGCAGGGCCCUACGGACGCGCACCUCGUACCCCUGGAGGAGCCGGUGCCCGCGCACUGGACGGUGGUGCCGGAGCAGGACUUCGUGCUGGUGCUGGCGUUGCUGCACUCGCACCUGGGCAGCGAGAUGUUCGCUGCCCCGAUGGGCCGCUCUGCCGCCGGCACCAUGCACCUGUUCUACGUGCGGGCGGGCGUGUCUCGGGCCACGCUGCUGCGCCUCUUCCUGGCCAUGGAGAAGGGGAAGCACUUGGAGCAGGCCUGUCCCUACUUGGUGUACGCGCCCGUGGUCGCCUUCCGCCUGGAGCCCAAGGAUGGGAAGGGUGUGUUUGCCGCCGACGGGGAGUUGUUGGUCAGCGAGGCUGUGCAAGGCCAGGUGCACGCGGACUACAUCUGGAUGGUCAGUGGCUGCGUGGAGCCCCCACCCGGCCAGAAGCCUCGGCGGGGAUCACCUCCAGAAAAGCCCUUAUGACUCCACGGGCCUUGUCGUGCCUUAGCCUGCUUGGUCUACUCCGAGCUCAGGAUCCUCUCCCCUUCCCCCAGGACCGGAGGGGCUUGUCCCCAGCUCGUGUGGUGGUGGGGAGGAGGAGCAAGCGGACCCCUGGAGAAGGUGGGAAGGCGGAGGACGUGCUUUGGAAGGCCGGGCUCUGCCUCCCAAAGGCCAGAAUGAGGCUCUGGGCCAGGAGCCCAGCCGGUUGCCCCCCGCCCCUGCCUGUGGGAGCCAGUCCCGUUUUGUCCUGGGAGCCCCACCCCAUGAAUCAAAAUACAAAUAAAGUGACCCUCCCAGCCUA